GAUCGCUAGUCAGUGCAUGCCGCGCCUUAACGUUACCAACAAGGGCCCGCGAAAUCUAAAACCUUACGGGUUAUUUUAAUAUUGUGAGGCUGUGGAUUUUUGUGUGGAUCUGUGGAGAGGAAUCUCGAAAAAGAUUUGGUUUAGACAACAGAGAUGCGCAACAGAGUUGCUAUCAUAAAAUGGCCGCUAAAAAGCUUUUCUUCACGUCAGCUGGCGACGUCGGCUCAACGCUAUCAAGCAGCCGAAGGAACACCACCACCCACAGCACCGACCUUAAACAAGUGUCCUCUACACGGCCAUAGAGCUCGGUCUACGCACGCGGCGACUGCCAUAGACUCGUCUGUGUUCGCUGGGCUCGCAGCGCCAUCUGUCAAGGCUUGGGACGAAGUUCCUGGACCUAGUCCUUUACCAUUACUGGGGAACACUUGGAGAUUCAUCCCUUAUGUUGGCGGUUACUCAGUGGAGCACAUAGACAAAGUAUGUCUGUCUCUACGGCAGCAGUACGGCAAGUGCGUCAGGAUCACUGGUCUGCUCGGCCGACCAGACAUGCUGUUCGUGUUCGAAGCGGCCGAGGUCGAGAGAGUCUUCCGGGGGGAGGACGCUGAACCACACAGACCAUCUAUGCCGUCGCUAAAUUAUUACAAGCACGUACUCAGGAAGGAUUUCUUCAGCGUUGACGAUAACUGCGCAGGAGUCAUUGCAGUUCAUGGGCCAGCGUGGGCAGCGUUUCGCACCAAAGUGUCUCGUGUGGCCCUGAGUACCAGUGCGGCUGCGCAGUACACUAUCCCUGUCGCGCAGGUGGCUGAUGCCUUUGUUGAUAGGUUACGAAAAAUAAGGACUGACAACAUGGAAACCCCUGAGGAUUUCGUGAAUGAAGUACACAAGUGGUCAUUAGAAUCGCUAGGUCUCAUCGCCCUAGACACACGGCUAGGUUGUUUCGAAGCUACAGAAGGCUCUGAGAGCCAGAAGCUUAUCGACGCCGUGAAGACAUUCUUUCUUUGCGUGGGCGAGCUGGAAUUGCGAACUCCGUGGUGGAGGAUUUACCCCACGGCCAUGUUCAAGAGAUAUGUGGCUGCUCUUGACACUAUUCUUAGUGUAACCCUGAGCCACGUAGACAGAGCGCUGCAAGCCAGCAAGUCCGGAGAAAGCAAGUCGCUGCUGCAGGAGCUGGUAGCGGCCGCCGGCAGCCGAGUCGCGGCCGUCGCUGCGCUAGAUAUGUUCCUCGUGGGCAUUGAUACUACAUCAAACGCGGUAGCCUCAACUCUUUACCAGCUGUCGUUGAGACCAGAAGUGCAGGAGAAACUUCAUGAAGAAGUCAGUAGAGUGCUCCGAGGCCGGCCGAUGAAGGCUGGAGACGUCAACCAAAUGCCGUAUCUCAGGGCUUGCGUUAAGGAGGUGUUGAGAAUGUUCCCUGUUGUUAUCGGCAACGGCAGGCAACUCACCAAAGACACAGUCAUUUGCGGAUACAAUAUACCUAAAGGCACUCAAGUGGUCUUCCAGCACUUCGUGAUGGGCAACAGUUCAGAAUUCUUCUCAGACGCGGCGGAGUUCAGACCAGAGCGGUGGUUGGCGAGGACUCCCGACCAAAAGCACCAUCCCUUCGCUUCUCUGCCUUUUGGUUUCGGCAAGAGAAUGUGUUUGGGGAGACGCUUUGCCGAGUUGGAAAUACACACUGUUAUCGCUACGGUGGUCCAGGCCUUCAAGAUGGAGUACCACCAUGAACCUUUGGACUACCAUAUUCACCCCAUGUACACCCCCAACGGUCCCAUACGGAUAAAACUAAUCGACCGAUAACUUUCUUUCCUAAUUAAAAAGUGUUAUGUUUAAUUUAUAGGUCUGGAUAUUUGCAUGCAUAUCGCAGAAGUAGUAAUGAUCACAUAUCAUUAUCCUUAUAAAUAUUAAAAAGUCCCCUUGUCGCGUCUGUCUGAAUGAACGCGAUAAACUCAAAAACUAAGGGACGGACUUUAUAUGUGUAUUGUUUAUUAGCCUAGCCGAUGCCGAGAGGGUCUGCUAGUAUACUUAUAAAACGUUGUACAGUCAACAUUAUUACAAUAAAUAAUUUUAUUAUAAUAAACAUUAUUAAAAUAACAACAACAUUAUUAUAAUAAACAUUAUUAUAAUAAAUAAAUUUAAUGAUUUACAUUCAGUUGAUUAUACAACGCGAAUUAGGUAAACUAGAGUCGGCAGCUAACACGAUAAUGUACAGUUAGGGACAAACAAAACUGACCCCAUAUAAGUUAGGUAGAGGGUUCGAUUUAUCGGUUUCCUACUGUACCUACCAUGAAUUUCAAACUUUGAUACACCUGCGUGAUGUUAUUGACCAGAUAGCCGUAUCCAACACUUGUACUAUCUGUUCGAUAUGUGUUGUUGUAUAGAUUUAUCAGAUACUGUAUCAGCUACGGUGGAACAGGCCCUUAGCCUGUUUAUAUAAUAUAAUUUUAGACAAAUAAAAUAUUUUAAGAACA